UUUCAGGUAGUGAGUUUGUAUUUUUAAUUUUAUUCAAAAACGAAGUACUCAAAUAGUCAUUUAAUUCUCCAGAUGAUGAACGCCGGUUUUUUAUUACUCACAAUAUGGUGUAUAUGCUCAAAUAUAUGUGCAGUAAUUACAAUUGCAGGUCAACAAUGCGAUGGUCAAAUGGAUGGAGUUCGCCUUCCAUGUCCUACAAAUUGCAGCAGUUUCAUAAUUUGUGAAAAUAACAAUGACGUACUAAUGGAUUGCCCGACACCUUUGAAAUUCAAUCCCGAAAAUCAAAAUUGCGAUUAUCCUUAUAACGUGAAACCACCUGAGGGUUAUUGCGUAUAUCCUGAUGAAUAUUAUUAUGAUAAACAUUUCUGUGAUUGUAAUAAAUUUAUUGUGUGUGAUAGAGGUACACCAGUAGAAUUUGAUUGCCGUCAACAUUACGAACCCGAUGUUUGUAGAAAUGAUUGUAAAUAAAACAACUAAUUUUUA